AUUUAGCGUGGGUUUUAGAACAGCGUAGGAGCCCAACUUUAUUGUGACCUGCACUACUACACCUUAUCAGUUCGGGAAUGCAUGUUAGUGGCCGCCUCAUCGCUGUUGCGGUCUUCGUUGUCGGUGGACUAUGCCAGGUGCACUCCUCUUUGUACUGUCAGCGACUGGUGCCGUCCGCAGUGACUUCUGCUUUCAGUCCGUGCAGAUUUCCAUGUAGGUUAGGAUUUCUUGAAGCACCUUUCAACAUUGUUAUACAAUCUGAGCCUGAUGGAACGCCAUGCAGGUUGCAGAUCCCUGCCAACAUAGGAGGAAGACAUCAGUGCAUGGGCCGCUGCAAUGGAGGUGCCUGCCUCGAUAUUGGGAAUUACCAUAGGCUGGAACUGUUGAAAUGGGGCCCAAGCUUCAGGGAGAAGACCUUCUGACAAUAUCAACGUUGCAAACAGCAUCGAUCACGGAAGCAGCACUGCAGUGUUAACUGGUGGCGGCUCUGCGCAAAUGGGCUUUCUCAGGAAACCAAACGCCAUUUGGAAUGAUGACCAAGUUAGAAGCUAUAACGCAGAAGCCAUUCACUCCAUAGUACCGGGCCCUCUACGUGCACUUACACGACCGUUACGCGUGAAACGUUCCCCAAGAUUGGUUUCUAGAGCAAAAUCUCAUGUUCGGGACAAAUUAAACUGGCGCAGUAACAGCCGAAGAAAAAACGCGAAUGAGGUCCAACUUCUAUCUUAUAGAAAGCUAGGGAGCGAUGAAGUCACAGGUGGAAGACCUUUACAUGGAAGCAGGAGGGGAGGAGGAUAUGACGUGCAUGGUCACACGUUCGGGCCACAUAGUGGUUCUGUAGUUGUAGUUAACAUGCACGACAAAAAACGCCGCCGUGGUGGUUCAGCAGUGAAAUAUCUGCUCGGCGGUGCGGCCGUAGGUGCGGCCGCAGGUGUCGGGGCUGCCGCCGCACACCGUCGUAGUGAACCAAACGACAAAAGCCACCCAAGUUCCAAUCAAGGCGAAGGUAAUGAAGCUAAAACUACUGACGGUAAUAACACCGACACCGAAAAUAUCAAACCUAGUAGUGGAACCGAUACGACAGGGAGCGCCGAGAGUACUAAAAGUAGCGUGACAGCGAGCCCCGACGGUGCAACAACCAACGGGACGAAGGAAACUGACGCUACUGGAGACAGCGAUACGGCAAGCGGCGGUACAGCAACUGACACGUCAAACAGAACCGACGGUGCCGAAAACAACGGGACCGGUAAUUGAGGGGUUGCUGCCGCCGGUUCAUCAGGAAAAACCGACGGUACUGCAAGUGGCGCCAUGGGCAGCAAGAAAAGUUCAAAACCCCUGGGGGCGAAGGAAGCAGACGGUGCUGGGGCCGGCGUGACGAGGAACACCGGCAGCGGAUAAAACAGCAAGACGGAGAAGUUUGAACACGUUGAAACUCACGCGACAGCUUAAAAAACUGACGACGGUAGCCCUUCCUCCCUCUGCAGUCCUUGAAAGCAGCGGCGCUGAUAUAGCAACGAGAUGAUGGAAACUAAUGGUUGUAACGCGUCUUCUAUAUAUUCCGAUCGAUAAGAAAUGAUCCAAAAGUGAUGCGCGGACUUUAUGUAGCUGUGAAAGACUGACCAGCUUUGAAAGAAGUGGCAGUGGAAGUAGGAGUGCCCAACGCAACAGUCCCUCUAAUGGCAAUGACUAGCGGUGUCACUGCCGGUAAUGUGGCCUUUGGCUCAAACAAUGAGCAGCGCUAGCCUUGAAGUUGGAAUAGCUUGACAACAGGAUUUGGACGGGCUGUGUUAUAAAGAGAGAGAGAGAGAGAUUUUAAUGAAUGAACAAAAUUUGAGGUCCCGUGGUUGGGGCCCUUAGUUCAGGGCUCCACUGGCACGAGCGGCUCGCUGGGCUUGGUGCACGAGAGCCAGUUGGCUGUCAUGAUCGUCGUCCGCAAGCCGCGCCUCCCACUGCCUGUUAAAAUCUUGUGUUUUCAGUUGUGUGGAGUUUAUAUGUAUCGAUCUGUUUGGGCACAUCCACGUGAUGUGAGGUAACGUUGGCGUGUCCCCGCACCACGGGCAUUGGUGAUUGUAUCGUUUUUGGUGAAUACGGCUAAGUGUAUGUAGGUUUGGGUAUGUGUGUGUUGAAGUCGGCGCCAAUUGCUCGCCUGUUGACUGUUUAACUUUGGGUGAGGGCGUCCAUAUUGCCUCGGCUCCUGUCUUUGGUGUUAGAGGAUGUCGCGUAGCCCAUUUCUUAUUAGUAUUCUUAUUAAGGGUGAAAGGGUGUACUGUAUUUUUCAUAUUUGGACGGGACCCGGGUGUAUCAAGCCAUGAAAUGCAUCAAGAAAGAAAUACCAGCUGAUACGUCUUAUAUGCGUGGUGUUUCAGCUAACUUGUGCCCAUCGUUAAGUACAUCGACCUUUGCUACAUGAAUUGAACCACCUGAAUGUUGUUCUGUGCCCUCUUCAGCAACAAAAAGAAGCAAUUCCGAGCUUAAUUUUAUGUAUAUCGAAAUAAAAUACGUUCUCCUUGGUAUGCAAGCCUUUAAACCUUUUAACUUCAAUAUAGAUGUUGAAGACCGUAUUAAGGAUAUAAUAUGAUAACCUUCUAUGAAUGCAGCGGUUCUGAUUUUAUAGAAGUUUAAAUUGGCUUUAUUUUUUAAGGCGAAGCUUUAUACGGCUAGGCGAAACAAAAA